AUGCCCGAAGCCGUCGGGACGGACCCGAGCACCUCACGCAAGAUGGCGGAGCUGGAGGAGGUGACUCUGGACGGGAAGCCUCUUCAGGCGCUGCGGGUGACCGACCUGAAGGCCGCGCUGGAGCAGCGAGGCCUAGCCAAGAGUGGGCAGAAGAGUGCCCUGGUCAAGCGGCUCAAAGGGGCUCUAAUGCUAGAAAAUUUACAGAAACACUCAACGCCCCAUGCUGCAUUUCAGCCAAAUUCCCAGAUUGGCGAGGAAAUGAGCCAGAACAGUUUCAUAAAGCAGUAUCUGGAAAAGCAACAGGAGCUGCUUAGGCAGCGUCUGGAACGUGAAGCUCGAGAAGCUGCAGAACUUGAAGAAGCUUCAGCUGAGUCGGAGGACGAGAUGAUCCAUCCUGAGGGAGUGACUUCCCUGCUGCCUCCUGACUUUCAGAGCAGCCUGGAGAGACCAGAGCUGGAACUCAGCAGACAUUCGCCCAGAAAAGGUUCCUCUGUUUCUGAAGAGAAAGGUGACUCUGAUGAUGAGAAACCAAGGAAAGGAGAAAGACGGUCAUCCAGGGUCAGGCAGGCAAGAGCAGCUAAACUCUCUGAGUGCAGCCAGGCUGCUGAGGAAGAAGAGGACCAAGAAACACCUUCCAGAAAUCUAAGGGUCAGAGCAGAUCGAAAUUUGAAAACAGAGGAGGAUGAAGAAGAGGAGGAGGAGGAGGAGGAAGAGGAAGAAGAGGAAGAUGAUGAUGAGGGGUUAAAAUCGAGGGAUGCACCAGUUCUGAAACAGUGUGAGGAAGAAAAAGAGAGGGAAGAGAUGCCCAGAGCAAAACCAGAAGAGCUGAUGGAUGAGAGAUCCCAAACCAUAAAAUCGCAGGAACAGGAGGGGUCAGAGAGAGGAGGGAGAGUUACAAGGUCCCAGGAAGAGGCUAGUAGAAAAAGUCAUUUGGCCAGACAUCAGCAGGAAAAAGAGAUGAAAACAUCUCCCCUUGAAGAAGAAAGAGAAUUAAAGCCUUCAAAAGGCUUAGAGGAAAAAUCAAAGUCCCCUUCCCCUCCUCGACUGACUGAAGAUCUAGAGAAGGCCCCUGUUAUGCUACAACCAGAGCAAACUGCCAGUGAGGAGGAGACUCCCCCACCUUUACUUACCAAGGAAGCAUCUUCACCACCACCUAAUGCCCAGCUUCAGAGUGAAGAAGAAAUAGAGCCCAUGGAAGGCCCAGCCCCCCCUGUUCUCAUUCAGUUAUCUCCUCCUAAAACAGAAGCUGAGGCCAGGGAGCUAUUAAUAUCUCAGCACACUGUCCAGUUGGCGGGAGGCUUGUCUCUCCUGUCAAAUCCUGCAGACACCAAAGUAGAAUCUCCAGCAGAGAAAGUGCCAGAGGAAAGUGUCCUGCCUCUGGUUCAGAAAAGCACACCAGCUGAAUCCUCAACCCAGAAGGAUCUUGAAACUGAGUUAGACGAAUCUGGUCAACCAGUCCCUCUAAAAAUGGAGGGAUUAGCACUGGCCACAGGGAUCACUGAGGAAUCUCUUAAACAGCCGUCUUUGGAACAGAAGGAAGGUAGAGGGGCUUCUCAUACCCUUCUCCCAAGCCACAGACCGAAACGGUUAGACUCAUCCUCUAGCCGGUCCUCCUCAUCUUCAUCUUCCAGUUCUAGAUCAAGAUCUCGCUCUCCUGAUAGUUCAGGCUCUCAGUCUCACUCACCUCCAAGAUCUAAGCAGAGAGAUGCAUCUCAUGCCAACCCUCGUGGUAGAUCCAAGAUGGGUUCCAGAUCAACAUCAGAGUCUAGGUCACGUUCCCGUUCUCGUUCAGCAUCAAGCAACAGCAGAAAAUCUCUGAGCCCUGGAAUCUCCAGGGACAGCAACACCAGCUACGCUGAAACCAAAGAUCCCUCUUCUGGUCAGGAGGUUGCAACUCCACCAGUGCUACAACCACAGGUCCUUGAGCCAAAGGAGAGGACUUCCAUAUCAUCCUCUAUUCAAGUGAGGCCCAUGGGCCAACCUGAGCCAGCCGAAAAGCAUGUGACUCAGAGGGUACAGCCUGAACGGGAGAGCCCAAAGAAGUGCGAAGCUGAAGAGGCAGAGCCACCAGCUGCCACACAGCCCCAAACCUCAGAGACUCCGACCUCUCACCUACCAGAAUCAGAAAAGAUUCAUCACACUGUUGAGGAGAAGGAGGAAGUGACCAUGGAUACAAAUGAGAACAGAACAGAAAAUGAGGUGCCAGAGCCCCCCAUGCCUGUUGCAGACCAAGUCAGCAAUGAUGACCGCCCAGAGGGCAGUGCAGAAGAUGAGGAGAAGAAAGAGAGUUCGCUGCCUAAAUCAUUCAAGAGGAAGAUCUCCGUUGUCUCAGCUGCCAAAGGGGUGCCAGGUGGAAACAGUGACACAGAGGGGGGCCAGCCUUGUCGGAAGCGGCGUUGGGGAGCCAGCACGGCCACCACACAGAAGAAACCCUCCAUCAGUAUCACCACCGAGUCUCUCAAGAGCCUCAUCCCCGACAUCAAACCCCUGGCGGGGCAGGAGGCUGUUGUGGAUCUUCAUGCUGAUGACUCCCGAAUCUCUGAGGAUGAAACUGAUCGCAACGGUGACGAUGGGACCCAUGACAAAGGGCUGAAAAUAUGCCGGACUGUUACUCAGGUAGUACCUGCAGAGGGCCAGGAGAAUGGGCAGAGGGAAGAAGAAGAAGAAGAAAAAGAGCCUGAAGCAGAACCCCCUGUACCUGCCCAGGUUUCAGUAGAGGUGGCCUUGCCGCCACCUGUGGAGCAUGAAGUAAAGAAAGUGACUUUAGGAGAUACUUUAACACGACGUUCCAUUAGCCAGCAGAAGUCUGGAGUUUCCAUUACAAUUGAUGAUCCAGUCCGAACUGCUCAAGUGCCCUCCCCACCCCGGGGAAAGAUCAGUAACAUCGUGCACAUCUCCAAUUUGGUUCGUCCCUUCACUUUAGGCCAACUGAAGGAAUUGUUGGGACGAACAGGAACUCUGGUGGAAGAGGCCUUCUGGAUUGACAAGAUCAAGUCUCAUUGCUUUGUAACGUAUUCCACAGUAGAAGAAGCAGUUGCUACUCGCACAGCUCUACAUGGGGUCAAAUGGCCCCAAUCCAAUCCCAAAUUCCUCUGUGCCGACUACGCUGAGCAAGAGGAGCUGGAUUAUCACCGGGGCCUCUUAGUGGACCGUCCCUCUGAAACUAAGCCAGAGGAGCAAGGGGUACCACGGCCCCUGCACCCUCCGCCCCCGCCCCCAGCCCAGCCACCACAGCAUCCCCGAGCAGAGCAGAGGGAGCAGGAGCGGGCAGUGCGGGAACAGUGGGCAGAGCGGGAACGGGAAAUGGAGCGCCGGGAGCGAACUCGAUCAGAGCGUGAAUGGGAUCGGGACAAAGUUCGAGAAGGGCCCCGUUCCCGAUCACGGUCCCGUGACCGCCGCCGCAAGGAACGUGCGAAGUCCAAAGAAAAGAAGAGUGAGAAGAAAGAAAAAGCUCAGGAGGAACCACCGGCCAAGCUUCUGGACGACCUUUUCCGCAAGACCAAGGCAGCUCCCUGCAUCUACUGGCUCCCACUCACCGACAGCCAGAUUGUUCAGAAGGAGGCAGAGAGGGCUGAACGGGCCAAGGAGCGGGAGAAACGGCGGAAGGAGCAAGAAGAAGAAGAACAAAAGGAGCGGGAGAAGGAAGCAGAGCGGGAACGGAACCGACAGCUGGAGCGAGAGAAGCGGCGAGAGCACAGCCGAGAGCGGGACCGGGAGAGAGAGAGGGACCGGGAGCGUGACAGGGGGGAGCGUGACAGGGACAGAGACAGGGAAAGGGACCGGGAACGAGGCAGGGAGAGGGACCGCAGAGACACCAAGCGCCACAGCAGGAGCCGGAGUCGGAGCACACCUGUGCGGGACCGGGGUGGGCGCCGCUAG